AUGGCACAACAGGGAAUUCCAGAUCUCACCAAUGCCAUCGUGGCACAGGAUGAAAUGGGAAGACCUUUCAUCAUCGUGAGAGAUCAGGGCAAAAAACAGAGAAAACACGGCGUCGAGGCCACCAAAUCGCACAUCUUGGCGGCAAGAUCAGUUGCAUCGAUCGUGAAAACGUCCUUGGGCCCUCGAGGCUUGGAUAAGAUUUUGGUGAGUCAGGAUGGUGAUAUUACAAUCACGAAUGACGGAGCCACCAUUUUAUCCCAAAUGGAUUUGGAUAACGAGAUUGCGAAACUUUUGGUCGAGUUGGCCAAGUCUCAGGACGACGAGAUUGGUGACGGUACCACGGGUGUGGUUGUGUUGGCCAGUGCUCUAUUGGACCAAGCCUUGGAACUUAUUGAAAAAGGCAUUCACCCAAUCAAGAUCGCCAAUGGCUUUGACGAAGCAUGUACGAUCGCUUGCCAGCAUCUAGAUAAGGUUGCAGACACCAUCAACGUUAGUGCUGAAAAGCACGACUCAAACUUGUUGAAGGCAGCUAAGACAUCAUUGGGCUCAAAGAUUGUCUCAAAAGCUCACGAUCAUUUUGCCCAGAUGGCCGUGGAAGCGGUUCUUUCGGUUGCAGACAUGGAGAGAAGAGAUGUUGACUUUGAGUUGAUCAAGAUGGAGAGCAAAGUCGGUGGUGGUAUUGAAGACUCCACUCUUAUUAAGGGUGUUCUAUUAGACAAAGAAUUUUCUCAUCCACAAAUGGUAAAGGAAGUCAAAGACUGCAAAAUUGCCAUUUUGACUUGUCCAUUCGAGCCUCCAAAACCAAAGACCAAGCACAAGUUGGAUAUUUCUACCGUCGACGAGUUCAAGGUUUUGCAAGAGUAUGAGCAGAAAAAGUUCGUCGAGAUGAUUGAAAGAGUGAAAGAGUCUGGUGCCAACGUCGUGGCUUGUCAGUGGGGAUUCGAUGAUGAGGCCAAUCACUUGCUCUUGGCCAACAAACUUAAUGCUAUCAGAUGGAUCGGUGGCUCUGAAUUGGAGUUGCUCGCCAUAGCAACCAAUGGACGUAUAGUGCCUAGAUUUGAGCACUUGUCGGCUGAGAAGUUGGGCCAUGCUGGAACCAUCAGAGAACUCGAGUUCGGUACCACGAGAGAUCGUAUGUUGGUGGUUGAGGACUGCUCCAACACCAAGGCUGUCACAUGUUUCAUCAGAGGUUCCAACGAGAUGAUCACCGCUGAGGGUGUCAGAGCUUUGCAUGACUCUAUCUGUGUCGUGAGAAAUUUGAUUAGAGACAGCAGAGUAAUUUAUGGAGGUGGUGCUGCCGAGUUGACCUGUUCUAUUGCUGUGAACGAAGCAGCUGACCAGCAACAGGGUAUCGACCAGUACGCUUUCAGGGCAUUCUCCACCGCUUUGGACCAAAUCCCAUUGACACUUGCAGAAAAUUCAGGACUUGAUCCUAUUGAGACUUUGUCGAACCUCAAAUCCAAGCAGGUCCUUGAAAAAUCCUCUCAUUUAGGUGUGGACUGUUUGGGAAAGGGCACCAACGACAUGAAAGAACUUUUUGUGAUAGAUCCAUUGAUUGGCAAGAAACAGCAAUUGUUGUUGGCUACACAGUUGACGAGAAUGAUCUUGAAGAUCAACGAUGUGAUCAUCAGCGGCAAGGAUGAGUAUUGA